AAAGAUUUUAAUGACCGCCCAGGGUGGUUUGUGACCAGCAGGCAUGGGAAACAGCUCUCUUUGGGAUGAUCCCAAUGUUACCUGCAGCAACGCAGGCAAUAGCUGCUACUUGGACAACAGCAUGAGCUUCAACUUAACCUUCCAAGAGCAGGCAGCCGAUUUCUACGUUGUCCUCCCUGUGAUUUACUCUGUGAUCUGUGCUGUUGGGCUCACAGGCAACACUGCUGUCAUCUAUGUGAUCCUCAAGGCCCCCAAGAUGAAGACUGUGACAAACAUGUUCAUCCUGAACCUUGCUAUAGCUGAUGACUUGUUCACACUUGUCCUGCCCAUUAAUAUUGCUGAACACCUCCUUCACUACUGGCCCUUUGGGGAAGUCCUCUGCAAGGUUAUCUUGUCUAUAGACCACUACAAUAUCUUCUCCAGCAUUUAUUUCCUGACAGUGAUGAGCAUAGACAGGUACCUGGUUGUCCUGGCUACAGUCAGGUCCAAGAGGAUGCCACAUCGCACGUACCGAGCAGCCAGGAUUGUCAGUUUGUGCAUCUGGAUCCUAGUCACCAUCAUAGUUCUCCCUUUCAUCAUCUUUGCCAAUGUCUACAUAGAUGACCUGGAGAUCAAGAGUUGUGGUCUCAACUUCCCCAAGCCCGAAAGGUUCUGGUUCAAAGCCAGCAGGAUCUAUACCCUCAUCCUUGGCUUUGCCAUUCCGGUAUCCACCAUCUGCAUCCUCUACACCAUGAUGCUCUACAAGCUAAGGAACAUGCACUUGAACUCUAAUGCUAAAGCCCUGGACAAAGCCAAGAAGAAAGUCACUAUCAUGGUCUUCAUAGUCCUGGCUGUGUGUCUCUUCUGUUGGACCCCCUUCCACUUGGCCACCAUUGUGGCUUUGACCACUGACUUGCCCCAGACCUCCAUGGUCAUUGGCAUAUCCUACUUCAUCACCAGCCUAAGCUAUGCCAACUCCUGCCUGAACCCAUUCCUGUACGCUUUCCUGGAUGACAGCUUCCGGAAGAGCUUCCGGAAGAUGCUGGAAUGCAGAACUUCCUGAACA